AUGCUGGGUUUCAGAAAACUGAGUCUAAGAAAAAGUCGUAAGAAAAAUCAAAGUAAAGGUCAGCUGAAGCGUCUUCGUAACGAACUUUACCGCAAACGUGACGCUAAGAAAGUUAGCUGGAAGACGUUUUCAAACAAAAAAGAUACUCAACGUGAACCUGAUAAUUGCAAAGACUUACAUCGUAGUAAUAUUUGCAGGGCAGAUGCCGAGCUAACAACACUUGGAAGACUAAUAAACCAGACAAGACGGGAAGUUUUUGGAGCUACAGAAAGUCGGGCUAUAGGAAAGAAAACGAAAAGUGUACUUUUCAAAAAGGAAUACGAUGAAUUCGAUGUUGAUCUAAAAUCCCUAAUCUGCUCAUAA